AAUUAACCACGCUCGAAGUCAUCGAGUCCGCUGCCAUGUCGAAAUCGGAUCCGACGACGGCAUCGGCAGCAGAUGCCAAGCGAUCCCGCCUCUUCUUCAUUUGCAUUCCAAGGUCUGGGUCGACAUCACUCCUAAAAUGUUUGAGCUUCAUUGACGGGCUCGAGGCGUGGUUCGAGCCGUAUGUCAUCGCCAAGAUCGCUCUUCAACUGUACAAGGCAGACAAGGGGAAAGAGCUACCGACGGACUGGACAGAAGAGUACCGAGCAGAGUUUGACCACGCUGCUCAAUUAAUACAUAACAUGAAUAAUCUUCCCUUAGUAGAAGGACAGAAAUAUUCAUUUUCGGACCUGAAAGAAUGCCUUGGAAAUCUUGAAAGCUCCAAGGUCGUCGUCAAAGACAUGGGCGGAUCAUUCUGCGGUAAUCGAAAACGAUACCUUCCUUCCCGUGACAGUGGCUUCAGGUAUGUCUUCAUCAUCCGAGAUCCUCAACUUGCGAUCUCUUCCUACAGAAGAGCCACCCUGCAAACAUCUCUCACCUUACCCGGUCACCUCGUUGGCAAAACAGAAGAGAACUUUGAUCUCCUCGUCGAUGAUCCCUACUACUUCUCUUCCGGUGGCAAUUACUUCAACAUCCAUGCGGCCUGGAAGUAUGUACGAGAAAACCUUGACCCAGACCCGUUGAUCGUAGAUUGUGAAGACUUGAUGGCCAACCCAAAGCCAUACCUACAGAAGAUCUGUGAGGUUGGAAGGUUGGAGUUCCAAGAUGGACUUUUAAAAUGGGAUGCUUCCAUCGAUAUCAUCAAGACCUGGAAGAAUCCUGGGGGAGUGCCGAAGAUGCUGUCAACUGGUCUUGGGUAUUUCCAUCGAACAGCCAUCAACAGCUCUUGCUUUCAUUUCAGUAAGAAGGAGAAGCCUCCACUCUCAUCUGCAACUAAAGAUAUACAGAGGGCCGUUGCCAAAGGAACAGAGUAUUACAAUGAAAUGUAUGAACUGCGAUUUAAGCCUUUAUGAAAAUUCAAGGUAACAUGAUUACAGGUAAAUUAUCACAUUCAUACAAAUGAGCUCCGUGAACUUUCUUUGUUUUUAAUUGUUGAAACCAAUGUCUUAAGAGGUUUUGUAAAACUUAUUGACUAUUCAUGGGUUAUAUUUACUUUGCUUCCCUCGAAUCCUGAAAAAUUAUAAGUUAUUAUAUAAAGUUUUGAAAUAAUUAGUAAAUUAGAUUAAUUUAAAUAUUGCCAUUUAUGAAGAUUUAACAAUUUUCAGAUGGACAAAGUAUUGGGCCACCUCCCCCAAACAUGCCAAUAAAUAAGUAAAGCCUUUGAAUGAGAUUAAGGGGAUAAAUUAUAAUCAAUCGACUUGUACUUUUUUGUAGAAUCAUAAGCAUUCCCAUAUGAGACACAUUACUAACAAUCUGUUCUACAUCUGAUUUACUUUCUUUAGCAUUAAAGCAUGUUAUAGAAUAGACCAAUUCAGAAAUCAAAAGAGCAAGUAGAAUACGAUACAUGUAUCUGAUUUUGCAUUAUUGAUCAUGGACAAAUGAAGGAUCGCUUACAUUACAGUGAAUAAACCUGUAAUUACAAUUAUCGUUGUAAACAUUAUCAGAUCUAUUCAAUGUUAAUGCAAUCAGGUAGCAAAAUGAUAAUAUUGUAGGAAAUAU